ACACUGAACACGGAUUAAAAGGCUGGGUCUCUCCCUCUUGCGAGCGCAUUAUAGGCUGCAUGUCCGCUCAGCGAAUAUUGGGAAGACGAAAAUUUCCGUACGUGGCCGGAUGUGACAUUCAGUAGGGAUAUUUUAGAUACUGACGAUUUUCCUAACUUCAUCUGUCGCGAAAAUAUGGUCGUCCCAGGACCUGAUCAUAUAGAGGAGCGAGAGAGGGUUUAUCCUCCGCCGGAGGAACUGAAAGCGGAUGCGCAUGUCCCUGACUUCAGCUCAUACCUCGCACUGUACAAAAAGUCCAUCGAGGAACCCGAAGAGUUCUGGGGAAAUGUAGCAGACGAGUUUUACUGGGACAGCCGGCCAACUGCAGGGCAUCCGAUCCUGCAAUACAACUUUGAUGUCACCAAAGGCAAUGUUUUCGUCAAAUUCAUGGAGGGGGCAAAGACCAACUUGUGCUACAACGUCUUGGACAGAAAUGUAUUGGAGAGAAACUUCGGAGACAGAGUGGCCUACCACUGGGAAGGGAACUCAGCGGAUCAUCAGCAGGACAUCACGUACAGCCAGCUGCUCAAGCACGUGUGUCGCUGUGCCAAUGUCCUCAGACUCAUGGGCGUGAAGAAGGGCGACCGUGUAGCCAUCUACCUUCCCAUGGUUCCAGAGCUGGUGUGCUCCAUGCUGGCGUGUGCGCGGAUCGGGGCGGUUCACUCGGUGGUGUUUGCAGGUUUCUCGGCCGACUCCCUGUGUGAGAGGAUCCUGGACGCCCAGUGCAGUGUCCUUGUGACUGCAGAUGGUGUGUACAGAGGAGAUAAGCUGAUCAAUUUGAAGCAGAUUGCAAAUGAGGCUCUGGAACGCUGUAGAGAAAAGGGCUCCUCCACAGUUCAGAAGUGUGUGGUGGUGAGACACUAUGCCCUUAGGACAAAUACAGGAGAGGCCUCCAACAAACUGCAGACACCAUGGGACGCGGCGGUUGACGUGUGGUGGGACGAGGCCCUGGACGGUGUGUGCGACGAGUGUGAGCCCGAGUGGCUGGAAGCAGAGGACCCGCUCUUCAUCCUCUACACCAGCGGCUCCACUGGCAAACCCAAGGGGGUGGUGCACACUGUGGCUGGCUACAUGCUGUACACGGCUCUCACCUUCAAGUAUGUGUUUGACUACCACUUUGAUGAUGUCUACUGGUGCACGGCAGACAUUGGCUGGAUCACAGGCCACUCCUACAUCACCUACGGCCCACUGGCCAAUGGGGCAACAAGUGUGCUGUUUGAGGGCAUUCCUGUGUACCCUCAUGUGGGCCGGUUCUGGGAGGUGAUUGAGAAGUACCGCGUAUCCAAGUUCUACACGGCCCCCACUGCCAUACGCUUGCUGAUGAAGUAUGGCCGAGAGCCCCUGCUCAAGUAUGACCUGUCGAGCCUGCGGGUUCUGGGCACGGUGGGCGAGCCCAUUAACCCUGAGGCCUGGCACUGGUACCAUGAGGUGGUGGGGCAAGGACGGUGUCCCAUAGUGGACACUUUCUGGCAGACGGAGACGGGGGGCCAUGUUCUGACUCCACUGCCUGCAGCCACUGCACUGAAGCCCGGCUCAGCUACCCUGCCGUUCUUUGGUGUCCAACCCUCCAUUAUGAGUGAGUUGGGAGAGGAGCUGGAGGGAGAGGCAGAGGGCUACCUGCACAGGUCCAGUAGCCAGUCUGAAACGCACUGUUGGCCCCAUACCAUUUCUACAACCCUACUAUUCACAUACCUGAGUAUGUGCCUUGUGGCCAAAUCAACCAUAGAGCACACACUGGUGUUCCGUAGCCCCUGGCCUGGCAUCAUGAGAACCGUGUACGGGAACCAGGAGAGGUUUGAGACCACCUAUUUUAAGAAGUUUCCCGGGUUCUAUGUGACCGGAGACGGUUGCAGAAGGGACAAAGACGGCUAUUACUGGAUCACGGGCAGGAUUGAUGACAUGCUGAACGUGUCUGGUCACCUGUUGAGUACUGCUGAGGUGGAGUCGGCGCUGACUGAGCACGACUCUGUUGCCGAGGCAGCCGUGGUGAGCCGGCCGCACGCCGUCAAGGGGGAGUGUCUGUACUGCUUCAUCACACUCAAGGACAGCACCGAGUUCACACACACACUCAAGGAUGAGCUUAAGAAACAGGUGAGAGAAAAGAUCGGGCCCAUUGCCACACCUGACUUCAUCCAGAAUGCCCCUGGGCUGCCAAAGACACGCUCAGGUAAAAUCAUGCGACGGGUCCUCCGUCAGAUCGCCCGUAACGAGAAGGACCUGGGUGACCUCUCCACGCUGGCUGACCCCAAGGUCGUGGAGGUGCUCUUCAGCCAGAGGUGCGAGGCAGCUGCCUGAGAGGAUGGGACCCAAGCUUCUCUCUCCUGAUGCUUUGGAUGAACUAGGACCUCCAUGCCCCCUGUGCUGACCCCUGCCCACACACACACACACACACACACACACACACACACACACACUGGACCCCAGUGAACCUGGAAAAUCCUGAUAGUGGGGGGUGGGUAAAAAGUGGACUCCCAGCCUUCAGAACUGAGACAGAUGAAGGGAAUGGGGGUGGGGGGGGGUGACUCAGAGUGACCCUCCCUGAUCUGUCCACCAAAUAUACUCUCUUUCUUGGACAAUUGAUAAGACAAAUCAUCAAUCAGUUACAGAACCUUAGGUGGACUUUCAGCAGUGCACAUGUACAUGUCGGUGUAUGUGUGUGUGGGUGAAAGAGGGAAAAGAAAGAGCAUUUAGCUACAACAAGCUCUCUCACUCACUCACUCACUCACACACACACACACACACACACACACACACACACACACACACACACACACACACGCACACAGUUGUAUUUCCACCCAAUAUGGACAUUGAUGCCAGUUUGCUUAUUCUCGUCGACCUCUAGUGAUCUAAUUGUUGCUGACUGGUAGCUUUGGGUUGCUUUCUCUUUGGGGUUUGUUUGCUUGAGACAGAGCAGCAGUCAAGGUACAUAUAUUUUCUGAAAUCUUUGUAUUUUCUAUUUUCUAUAGAUUUAUUUUCUAUAGAUUUAUAGAUUUUCUAUUUUCUAUAGAUUUAAUGUCUUGAAUUUCCCCUUGGGGAUAAAUAAAGUAUCUAUCUAUCUAUCUAUCUAUCUAUCUAUCUAUCUAGAUUCAUCAGGUGUAUGCAUUCAUAGAAAUUACUGUAAACUGUGUGAAGCAGCCUUCUCUGAUCUCACUCUGGCUGAGUGAGGCAAUGCAGCUUUGUGAAAGUAGAGCAAUAAUACCCCUGUUCAACUGCGGCUCCCCCACACUACACAACAAAUCACAUAGGAUACCGUACACAACUGACCCACAGCACAGGUCUGUGCUUCCAGACAUAGCUUUUUGCUCAUGCUGAAAUGGCCUCAUGGAAACUGAGAACCUCAGCCAUGUGCAAACACAUUGUGCUACGGCCAUCAGAAUUGAAAAGAGAGUGUCCUUCAGAGAAACUUCUGAGAAAAAGCAGCCCAAGUUGUGAUUGUGACGGAUUCAGACACGCCACAUCAAAACUAAACCUUUUUGUAGAAGAAUUAGAUCCAGAUGAGAGUUGGAGGAGAGAGUGGGACUUGUGAUUUCACUCGUAAUGGCAGGUGCAUCUUAACUGCCAUGUUACUUGUAUGGUGUACAUCUACUGUGUCUGAGGCACGAAAGGCCUUUGUAAAAGAAGGUGCUCCUUUUAGAUAUGUUUCUGUUUUAUGUUGUAACAAUUUGUAAACCUUUAUGAAUAAAGAGCGACCAUGUGGUGGAUUGGA